GCCUGUGAGCCGGGGCGGGGUUUGCGGGCUGUGGGCGGGGCGGGCCAAAGGCGGCCCCUGAACCUCCAAGAAACCUCCCGCCGGCGGUGCGUUCUCGGCGCCUGGAACCUCCGCCCCCGCCAGACUCGAAAGUGUGGCUGCGGAGCCUCCUGAGGAACUUCUGCCCAGCAGUCCUCCUGCCAGCCAGCUCCAGGAUGGGUGAGUUCAAUGAGAAGAAGUCCACGUGCGGCACAGUCUGCCUCAAGUACCUGCUCUUCACCUUCAACUGCUGCUUCUGGCUGGCUGGCCUGGCCGUCAUGGCUGUGGGCAUCUGGACACUGGCCCUGAAGAGUGACUACAUCAGUCUGCUGGCCUCAGGCACCUACCUGGCCACAGCCUACAUCCUGGUGGUGGCUGGCGUUGUUGUCAUGGUGACCGGUUUCCUGGGCUGCUGUGCCACCUUCAAGGAGCGGCGGAACCUGCUGCGCCUGUACUUCAUCCUGCUGCUCAUCAUCUUCCUGCUGGAGAUUGUUGCCGGCGUCCUUGCCUAUGUCUACUACCAGCAGCUGAACUCGGAGCUCAAGGAGAACCUGAAGGACACCAUGACCAAGCGGUACCACCAGCCAGGACACGAGGGCGUGACCAGCGCCGUGGACAAGCUUCAGCAGGAGUUCCGCUGCUGCGGCAGCAACAACUCCCAGGACUGGCGGGACAGCGUGUGGAUCCACUCCGGGGAGGCGGGUGGCCGCGUGGUCCCGGACAGCUGCUGCAAGACCGUGGUGGCCCACUGUGGUCACCGGGACCACGCCUCCAACAUCUACAAGGUGGAGGGCGGCUGCAUCACCAAGCUGGAGACCUUCAUCCAGGAGCAUCUGAGGGUCAUCGGGGCCGUGGGCAUCGGCAUCGCCUGCGUGCAGGUGUUCGGCAUGAUCUUCACGUGCUGCCUGUACAAGAGCCUGAAGCUGGAGCACUACUGACCCUGCCCGGGCCGCCCGUCUCCGCCGGUGCCACAGCUUCCCGCCGAGUAGACCACUGAGCUGACACUACUGACGGCCAGGGAGUGGGGUCCCUGGUGCCUUUCCCUCGCCUCUCCCCCUCCACCAGGAGGCUGUGUUCCCGUGCCCCCGCCACCGUGCCAUCACUGUGCCUUCUGGGGACCCCCCACCCCCAGAGGGAGCUUCAAGUGCCUUCUGCUGCACACCAAAGUCCUGAGGCUCGAGGCAGGGUCCCCUGCUGAGUAGGGGCGGGGCGGCACUCCCGCCCGUGUAGGGUCCUGACAAUCAAGUACCCCCUUCCCACUGGCCACCUCCCUGGGGGGUUAUGGCGCCCCAGGCUGUGCCCUGAUGCCUGUGCUUAGUUGGAGGGGCUGGUUUGGUGGCCAGUUGGGCAGAAAUGAAUGGGCUGCGCUGGCCCACCCUAGGGUGCUUCCAGCCCCUUGGACACACCCCACGUGGUGGCUGGGGCAGGCCUCGGAGGGGCGGGGUGGGUGCAGGGGAUAUGGAUUGGCUGCAGCUGAGGAGCUCUGGGUGCCUGUCGCCAGGUCGGCUGGAGCACAGCCUCCCUGCCCCCCCCCCCGGGGAAAAGCCAAGCCAGCCAGCACCGUCCCCAGGGCCUCGUGCCUCUCGGACCCUUGGCCCAGCCUGCCCUGUGGAGCCUGCUUCACCCCCCACCGCUAGCUCUCACCACCCUCUAAAAGGCCACAAUGUUCACUGUUACCCCCCUUCCCUGGGGUCAGGGUUGGGGGGGUCAUUCACUGCUGUAUUACAAAUGCUAUAACCGCUCCUGCCACGAAGCAGGUGCACAAUAAACAAGCGUGGAAGAGACA